AUGACAUUGAACUACACAGUAGACGAUGAGCUCAUAAUAUCGCGUUCUAUCACUAAAGAUGAUAUUCCAUCAAUUGCGAAACAUGGCAAUAAUGAAACAAUUUAUAAUAAUACUUUAAACCUUCCGUAUCCGUACACUGAGUCAGAUGCAAUAUCGUUCAUUGAGAUGGUUGAAAAAUCAGUAACAAACGAUCGAAUAUUUUCUAUUCGACUAAAGAAAACAAAUGAACUAAUUGGCAUUUGUGCAAUAUAUUGGAACCAAGGAAUAAUGACACGUGUUAUUCGCGUAUUAGUAGAUUUGGCUAUGAAUGAAUGGGGUUUUAUACGGAUUGAAGCAUUUGUAUUUUCAUGGAAUAUUGGUUCGAUGCGCGUAUUAGAAAAAGUGGGUUUUAUCAAAGAAGGUAUUCUGAGAAAACAUUGUUUUAAAAAUGGAAAACAUGUCGACGAACACUUAUAUGCAAUUUUAAAGGAAGAAAUUUAA